AUGGAAAAUACAAGAAGUAAUGAUACAAGUGAAUCCUCAGAGACUCGUAUGAGUCGUGUAGAACAAAUGCUUGCAGUGCUGAUAGAAACAGUGAUGCAACAACAAAGGCAACAACCUUUGCCCCUACCGCCUCCACCAGCACAAAAUGAGCCAGGCAAUAAUGAUAUAAUCAACUUGACUCAGAAAUUCAUGAAGAUGAAACCGCCAACUUUCCUGGGAAGUAUUGAACCAUUAAAGGCUGAAACAUGGUUGUUAGAAAUGGAGAAAUUAUUCAAAGUGUUUCCCUAUUUUGAGAUUCAGAAAGUUCUUUUGGCCACCUACACUCUGAAAGAUAAAGCCCGGAGAUGGUGGUUAUUGAUCCGAAAUAAUAAUGGAAAUAUGACAUGGGCUCAAUUUAAUGCGAUCUUCUAUGACAAGUACUUUCCUCAGUGCUUUCAGGACCGAAAGGUUUUAGAAUUUCAGGAACUCAAGCAAGCCAACAUGUCUGUAGCCGAGUAUGAGGCUAAAUACACGGAACUAGCUCGGUUUGCUCCUUAUAUAGUGGAUACGGACUAUGAGAAAGCUCGCAAAUUUGAGGGUGGAUUGGAUUUAGAUAUACUAGAUCGGGUAGGAGUCCUCAACCUACCUACGUAUGUGAAUGUAUUGGAUAGGGCAUUGAUGGUGGAAGCCAUUUUGGCAGCAAAGAAACAAGCUCUUGUCCUAACAAGCUAUUAUCGUAGAUUUGUAAAAGAUUUUUCCAAACUUGCUCUACCGCUUGCUCAAUUGACACAGAAAGCUACAUCAUUUGAUUGGACUGAUCAAAGAGAGACUGCUUUCCGAGAGUUAAAGACCAGAUUAGUAACUACACCAAUUUUGACUUUACCUAAUGGUACUGAUGGGUUUCAGAUUUAUAGCGAUGCGUCCUACAAAGGUUUGGGUUGUAUUAUGUAUUAUCCGGGAAAAGCUAAUACUGUGGCAGAUGCCUUGAGCCGAAAGUCAAUAGGAAAUUUGUCAUGCUUGCUCACUGGUCAGAAAGAAUUACUAUGUGACUUGGAAAAGAAUGAGAUUGAGGUUGUAUUGCGAGAACAAGGUGGAGUCUUAGCCGCUAUCUUCGCCCAACUUGCAAUCAUUGAAGAAGUAAGAGAGAAACAACUGCAAGAUGAAUUUUUGAAAAAGAUCGUGGAUGAAAUUGACUCAAAACCAAGGCCCGGGUUUGUACUUGAGAAUAAAGUGUUGAAAUUUUAG